GUUUUUGACGAUAUCAACAAGCAUAACAAAGACUGGCGAGAUAUCAUUCCAUAUAUCAGCUCUCUCUACGUCCCGUUCGAGUCCUGGAGUUUCGCUGAAUAUGGAUCUGGGCGGGGAUGGAUUGCAGUGAUUGACGGUGAAGUAAUUCGGACUGGUCGUCCGGCAUUUCAUUUCUUGAACCAAUUCGGCGAACCUGUCCCAGCUGCCGAGCGCCGUCUACCAGCAGAACACGGCUUGAUGAGCUGUGUGCUCGAAAAUGCACGAACGUGGAUGGACAUCCCGGAUCAGGGUUGGACGGCACUCGUUCAGGUCACGGACAGCAUGAUGGCUCCAAUGGGCCUGGGCCCAUCGCAGGAAGUUCGGGAUGAGUUGAAUCGAGUGGCGAGAGAAGAGUGGGAGGAGGCCGAAGCAGCUGAGCAGCUUGAGCAAGUUGCACUGCAUGAGUCUCAGGAUGGCUAA